AUGGCCGAGCAACGCGUGCGCGAGCUUGAGCGCUUGUUGAUUUACAAGGAGGCGGAGCUUGCCAGGGAGCGCGACAAAUGUGAGAGAGCAAAGAAGAAGGUUCGCCAGCUGUUGGCCAAACUGUCAGAGCGUGAUGGAAAGAUCGCCGAGCUCACUCUAAAGCUGGAGGCAAAAGCUAGCAAAUCGGGGAAAGAUCCUGGACGGGUUGCUAAGCAACGUGCACAGAUUGUGGCGCAGCUAGAAGAGCACUUGGCGCAAAUGCAGCAAGAUUUGAAGGACACCUGCGUUGGUAAGAUGGCGACCAGUCGCAUGGUGUUGGCGACAGCGGCAGUCUCUGCAGGCAGCUUGGCAUUUGUGAUGCCAAGUCAAAGUGCAAAGAGCACACCGAGCACACCAUCCUUGAGGACCUCAGCUGCCGCCUCAGUGACCUCAGCAUCCUCAGCUUCCGGCAGCACUUUGGGCGUUAUCGGAGCCGCAGCAAUUUCCACAGUCGGGCUGACCAUGGUGCGUCAGGGCAGACGUGCAGCCGCACGACAAGCAGUGGGCGUGUGCCUUCCACUGACAGAAAAGUUUGACCCACUGGAGCUUGGCAACACAGAUGCUAAGAUGGAUCGCUACACUCAAGUUGAGAUCAAACACGGCCGUGUGGCUAUGAUUGCUACCAUGGGGUACAUAAUGCCGGAGAUCUUUCGCUUCCCCGGAUGUGAGGCGUUCAAGCAUGGGCUUGGUGCCUUUGAGUCCAUUCCUGUGGAGGGCUGGGUGCAGCUUGUGGCUCUAGUGGGCGCUCAUGAAGUCUUGGUGAAGCCCCGAGAAGGUGGACUGGGCGCAUACGAUUUCGGUUUGGGCACCGAGUUGUUGGAUGGCAUUGACGCGGAGGAGCUGGAGAGAAAGCAGACUUCUGAGCGCAACAACGGCCGUUUGGCGAUGAUCGCCAUCAUGGGCCUCAUGGUGCAGGACGGCAUGUUUGGAGAGCCUCCCUUGACCUAUAUGUCCAAAAAUGGAUGGUGGGGUGAGCCAGUCCAAUUCUUCGUGCAGCACAUUAACAACUGCCAAUCCUUCGAUGGUUCUGCCAUCCAAAACGGCAGCAUUUGUGCCCUGCCAAGCCGCAUUGGCCGUACCCAGCUCCGCGCCGUGCAGAAGCUCAGUGAGGGCCCAUAUGUGGAGACCGAGACCUACCCCAAGGAGAUGGAAAUGUCGCCGGCAGUGCCAUUCCUUCGCUACCCGCAGGUACUCAAGGGCUGGGUCGGUGGGGAGAAGGGUUUCGACCCUUUGGGUGUCACGGAUGCAUUGCCCGUGUACUGGGUCCGGGAAGCUGAGCUGAAGCACGGACGCGUUUGCAUGCUCGCGACAGUUGGAUGGAUUGCGGGAGAUCUUGGCUUUCGAUUUCCAGGUGACAAGUUCCAAGCUGUAGCGAACAGCCUUGAGGCACAUGACAAGAUGGUAGAGGCUGGCUAUAUGCUUCCCUUCCUUGGAGCUAUUGGCACCUUUGAGCUCUAUUCACUCUGGCUCCUCUUCAAAGGUUGGGAGCAGGAAGUGAAUCGCGAUGCUGGGGCCUUCUUCUUGGGCAAGCAAUUUCUUCCCAAGGAACCCGAGAAGGAGAAGGAGAUGCGCUUGAAGGAGCUAGAGAACGGGCGCCUCGCCAUGUUCGCCUUCAGUGGAAUUGUCACACAAGCUGCCAUCACCGGCAAGACUUGGCCAUUCAUGUGAGGGCUUAGUGAGGCUUAGUGAGGCUGUCAGCUGAGCGACUGGGCAGAUCCGACAUGAAAAAGAAACUCCGAUCUUUGCCCGUCAGAAUCUUUAG